CCCUCCUGGCUCCCCCGAGCGCGGCGCAGCCACCCCGAUGGCGUCUGCUGCUGCCGUGCCUGUAGGAUUUCACUAUGAAACCAAAUACGUAGUGCUCAGCUACCUGGGCCUUCUAGCACAGGAGAAGCCACAGGAGCAUCCUCCUCCUCCUCCUCCUCCUACUCAAGGGACUCAACAACAGCUUGUGGCACAACAUGCUCUGGAGAAAGAGGCUUUGGAGAAGAUUAAAAUAGAAAUCGAGGAGGAGCUAAAACGUCUUGAUGAAGAAAUCUUGGAAGCAUUUACCACUACGGGCUUUGACUGCCACACUUCCCCAGUGUUCAGCCCUGCCAACCCAGAGAGCUCCAUAGAAGAUUGUCUGGCUCAUCUGGGGGAGAAGGUGUCCCAGGAAUUGAAGGAACAUCUGCACAAAGCACUGCAGAGCUUGCUUAGCAAGCCGGUGACGUAUCAGGAGUAUCGGGAGCGCACGCACGAGGCAUCUGCUCAUGCCAGUGGGUGGAACAAGGUCUUGGUGCCCCUGGUUCUGUUACAACAAUUUCUGAUGGAGCUGACUAGAAGGGGCCAGGAACCACUGAGUGCCCUUGUGAACUUUGGGGUGACAUAUCUAGAAGAUUAUUCUGCAGAUUAUAUCAUUGAACAAGGAGGAUGGGGAACAGUCUUCACUUUGGAAUCCGAAGAGGAAGAGUAUCCCGGGCUGAUUGCAGAGGACAGCAAUGACAUCUACAUCCUGACCAGUGACAACUCAGGGCAGGUGAGCCCCCCGGAGUCGCCCACGGUGACCACGUCGUGGCAGUCGGAGGGCCUGCCCGUGUCCCUGUCAGCCAGUCAGAGCUGGCACACGGAGAGCCUGCCAGUGUCCCUGGGACCCGAGUCCUGGCAGCAGGUGGCCAUGGAUCCUGAAGAGGUCAAAAGCCUGGACAGCAACGGAGGGGCUGAAGAGAGGAGUGAGAACAACUCUUCCAACUCUGACAUUGUUCACGUGGAGAAGGAAGAGAUACCAGAGGGGAUUGAGGAAGCAGUGGUGCCAGCUGGUGCUGCAGAGACCAUACAGGCAGCCUUUCCAGAAACCUCUGCUUCUUUACAGGAAAUAAAACCUCCUGAAAUUGCUGCUGCUGAAAAAGCACAUCCCUCUGCACUUCUGCGUACAAAACAGGAGGAGAAGGGAAAAGCAGCUGAAGAGCUUGUUGAACCUGAAAUCCCCGUGUUAAGUAAACCUGUCCCAAAGUUAGCCCCAUCAGAAGAAAAGGCUGCACCAGAACCUGAGAAAAUAGUGCUUCCAGGGGAAAAAAAAGCAGGGAAAGAGGGCCAUUUGGAAGAAAUAGAAGAGAAGUCCUCGGCUGCAGAGGAGAAGCCUAUCCUGUUGCCAGAAGGGAAAUCGAUACUGCUGUACGGCGGGGCUGCCGCGGUCGCUAUAUUGGCCGUGGCAGUCGGAGUAGCGCUGGCACUUAGGAAAAAGUAACAGAGCUCUCUCAGGAGGAGGGAGGAGAGAAGAGAGCACAUCCAAUUUUUGUAGUUGUGUUACCUAAAGGUUGAGCUGCCUGCUGUUUAAUUGGACAUUUGAGUAACUCAGUGGUGAUGAGGUGAGGUUGUUCAAUAAGCCUCCAGCUACGGACAAUCAUGUUUUUAGUAGAAUCGGGGCGGGGACUGGUUUUUCGUGAUUAAAGUACGGGGGUAUUUUUAAAAAAAAAACAAAAAAAAAUCUGCAAAUUUAAGAACUUAAAGUGCAGGUGCUGAAGAAAGGGGUGCUCAUACUCUAGGAACUGGAACAAAAAAUCCCCAGGGGAAGGGGAGAGCCAGCUGCUGCCAGCCCCUGGAGAUUUUGGCUUCUCAGAUUGACCGCUAUUGCAGCUGUGCUGUCUUGUCACUUCCCGUUGUGCCCCCGAGCCCCUCCUAACAAACAUUAGCAACCUGAGUCCUGUAGCGAGAGGCUGGUGUCCCUUUUGUCUCAGCUUCCUCUCAGGUACAGCACUGCUCCUCAUAACCUUCCAGGUUCCUCCUAAGCCCCAGUGGGACAGUGCUUAUUCUUACCUCUUGGCUCACACUGGUUUUGGCCCCUAACGUUUACUGGAGCCCCAUCCUGUGAAGAUGCUGCCUCUCUCUAGUUGUAUUAUCUCUGAGCAUCCUGGUGUUGCUGGGGCAGAGGUGCUGCCCAGGAGGGUGGGAGGGACACUGCUGUUUGCUGGUUUGAGAAUCCAUUUGCUCUGCUCCUGCCCAGCCCACUUUACUGCAAACCCUUCAGUUACCAGAGGUACGAAAUUGAUGCUGGACACGGUGCCCUUGGGAUCACGACUCUGAUAUCUGGGGUAUAUUCAGCAAAAAUACAGCAAACCCAUGUGGAAGCAAGGCCAGUGCCUCAAGUGCAAUUCAGAUAUUAAAUGCUCUGCUAUCCUGUGUCACGCUGCAGUCUGCAUUGUCUUUCCCAAGUUAAGCACAGAGUGUAUUUAGCCCUAACUUGGUCUUGCCUGUGACAGCAUCCCAGAUAUAUAAAGCAAUGGAUUCUAAUAACUGAGCAAAAGAGCAUUAAACAUCUCUAUCUGCUUGUUCCUGACCUGGCCCGGAGUGCUGUUCAGUGCAACUUCUGCGACUGCGAAUCUGUAAUUACCUCAACUUACAGGUUCACCAAUCAUGAGCAAUUAACUUUGGCAAAAAAAGGAAAUCCCCCUUUCUGCAGUCACAACACUUGAGGUGUGUGUGGAGAGAAGCCUUUCAGGUAUUGCCCUGCUCCUUAGUGGGAUCCAGCUGCAAGUGUUCCUCCUUCAGCACAUUGUGUGUCUGUCCUUGUCCAGCUGCAGCUCCGUGGGCAACACCUUGGGCUUCCCAGGCAGAACUGAUGGAUCUGAGGGUUGGUGCUGGCACUGUGGCUUAGACCAGAUGGAGGAAGGUGAAAGGGAACUUGUGAUAAUGUAAAAAACAAAACAUGAGCUUAUGGGGAAGUCUUUGCAAAGCACAAAGACAAGGUACUUCUAAAUAACCAUAUCCUGAUGAGCCUGUUUCUUAAGGGAUCUCAGAAUGACGAGAUCUUAGCAUAUUCUCUAUCUUAGGAUAUUCUUGCUGCAUUUUCCUAUCCCAGGAUGCUGGAAAGUUAGUCAGAAUGUAUCAGAUUCUGAGGAAUUAUUUUUGUGUAAGCUUUUGUGAAAUGGAUUUUCUAGAAAACUUACUGGGUUUUGAACUGUGUGUGUGUGAAGUUGACUAUUAAGAGGAAGGGUUGUGUGUAUACUGCAGCUGUGGACUGAACUUGGAGCUCUGGAGUUCUGGACUGUACUGUUGAUCAUUGAUUGCUCUUCUUCCAUGUAUAAAACAUAGCAAGUUGGCCUUAUCAAAAAAAAGAACCCCAAAUCUUUUAUCACA